UGGCUACUUCACACCUGCGACGCCAGCCGACGAAAAUAUCUGGCCGCUAUCCUCCUCCACGAACGAUGACAGUCGCCCAGGCCGCAGCGGUCGCCGCGCCAAUGGUGGCUGCGGCGUCCGCGCACGCCGCCGCCUGCCUUUCCACCGCGUGCCGCCGGGGCACCUCGCGCUGGGCAUUGCCGUCCCGGGCGCCGGGCGGGACGACGGGCGGGUUCAGGUGGCUACGGCGGCGCGCGCAGACAAGGGCACGGGCGUGGCGCGCGGCGUGGGCCACCGGCCGCGGCCGCGGCCCAGUGAUCUUACGGGCCGAGUUCGGCGGGACGUACGAGGACGGAUUCGAGGACGUGCACAAGAAUAUCAUCAACUACUUCACCUACAAGGCCACGCACACGGUCCUCCACCAGCUCUACGAGAUGAACCCGCCGUCCUACACUUGGCUCUACAACUACGUUCUCGUCAACGAUCCAUUAGAUGGCGAUUACUUCCUUCGCCUGCUCGCAAAGGAGAGGCAGGACCUGGCCGAGAGGGUGAUGAUCACACGCCUUCACCUGUACGGCAAAUGGAUCAAGAAGUGCGACCACGCGAUGAUGUACGAGCGGAUCUCCAAAGAGAACCUGGAUAUCAUGCGCCAGAGGCUGCUGGAGACGGUGGUCUGGCCGGCCGAUGACACAAGCACUGGCGAGCCCAAGGAUUAACGGCGAGAUUGGAGCUCGCGCCGAGCAACGAGUAUGACUGCUUCACUCAACAGUGUGUUGCGUUCAUUCCCUUCAGGGGUUUGAUUUGACCUGCGCAUUUCUGUAUACGACAGCCCUGCAUGGAUAGAACAGAACACCUGAUGUAUAUUCUCUUCUAGGGGUUUAUGGUUUAGUGGAAUGGACACUUUUUUUCCUCACAAUACAACUCAGCAAAGCAUCGUAACAAUGGGUGUUUCUUUU